GGCGAAAUGCGCCUGUUCAACAGCACUUCAAACACACACCGAAGAAGAAGAAGAAGUUGUCUCUAUCACAACAUCCGGUCACCGUCAUAGCGCUGAUUGUGGGUUAUUUUCAGUUAUUUUGAGGAUGGCUUUAUGGAUGUUCAGGACCCCACACGUGAAGACUUGUGUAACCCAGCUGAGGUUUCAGAGACUGCAGUUGAUGCUCAGAGUCCCACAUGAACACGUCUGCAGCCGCUCUUCACGUGUCCUGCGGGAAACACACACCGGAUCCUCUGUCGCUCUGGACUCUUCCGAACACGCGUGUCCACGGGCCACCAGACGGACAUGCAUCAGCACUCAUUUUCUGUCACCCCACAUGGACUUUAGCAGGAUUAACUGGGUUCACACACCACAGACUCUUGUCCUGUGUCUGAAUGGAUCUCCGUCCCAGUGCAGACUGGAGAAAGGCCAUCGUUCUCCUGAAGGACCAGCAUGCAGCACACACAGCACCGGCAGCUUUGGCUCAGGCCUGUGGACGAGGCGCUGUAGACCCGCGGGCCGCUCUGCGGUGCGGACGGGUCAGACCCGCGGGCUGCACAGAGACGGCCAGCAGCGCAGCGUCACGGCCCGGUGUCUGUCCGCGGGGAACGAGGCUCGCUGCCGCCGCUCCAUGCAGGCCGGCGCUGCCCUGUACGAGCGGGAGGGCAAGAGCUGGGCGGCGGUGCUGGUGUGUCUGUGUUCUGUGAGCGGCGAUCCCGCACUGCUGUUCACCCUCAGGUCGGCCCAGCUGAAGGGCCGGCACAAAGGCGAUGUCAGUUUUGCAGGCGGAAAGAAGGACCCGUCGGACAGAUCUGUGGUAGAGACGGCUCUCAGAGAAGCUGGAGAGGAGCUGGGAAUCCACGUCUCAGAAGAUAAAGUGUGGGGUGUGAUGAAACCGCUGCGGGAUAUGUCUGGAAUGAUGAUUGCGCCUGUAAUCGCCAAUCUUGGAUCUUUGGAGAGACUCUCUUUUCGACCCAAUCCAAGUGAGGUGGAAGAGAUUUUUACCCUGACACUUGAGCAUUUAUGUCAAGCCCAAAACAGAGGAUACACACACUUCCGUACUGGUGACCGUUAUGGGUACACACUCCCUGUGUUUCACAGUCCGAAGUAUCGAAUCUGGGGUCUGACGGCAGUGGCCUUAGAUCAAGCUCUCAAGCUCAUUGUGCCGCCAGAGCAUGUGUUGGACCACGGCGCCGUCACCACAGAGGCUGCCUGCUAAACAUGAUCUGCUUUGAGGAACAAUCUCACAGAAAACUCUCAAGAAAAGUUUUUAUUUCCUGUAUGCAUAAGGUCUUUGAGGUGCAAUAUGUCCUGGGCAUUUCUCUGAGAUUCCCCCUUUGCCGUGGUUAAGCUUUAGGGUUAAUGCCUACUGCUACUAAAUGAGUGUCAUUGGUUAGCCGGGGUGCUGUUAUGAGAAGUGUCAAGUUUGAUAGACAUCAUGCCUCCAGUGAAAUGCAGAGCAACACACAUUGAAUGUAUUUUUGGGAUUUAGCAUUAUGAGUUUUGUUUUCAUCAUCUUAACCUAGAUGGUUAUUUUAAAUGUGUGUCCAUUUAUUCAACCAAUGAAUAAUAAAAGUGUGAACAUGCUUUAGAGAUUCAAGGUA